CUCCAUCAGCUGUGUCCUGCUUGGCCGGUGGGUGCCAUGAAGCUGCCCAUUGUCUGCUCCCAAUCCCCCGAGCUCUGAUUCCGAUUCCGCUCUCGCCAUGGACGCGCCUGGCGCGGCAGAGGCAAAUGAGAGUGUCCCUCAGGACCGCCACGACUCCGACCCCAAUGCCGUCGAGAGGAGUACAUACCCGCACAGCAACCAUCGCGAUCGGCCCGACCGGCUCGAUGACGACGACGAAGAACACCACCACAAUGGAAGACGAAGUGGCGGCAAUGAUGAUCACGAUGAGGAAGCAGAGGAGGAAGGUGAUGACGAGGAAGAGGAGGAGGAACCCCGGCUCAAGUAUGCUUACUUGACCAAACACCUAGGGGCGGUGUAUCGCAACGGGGACGCAACAAGCUCCUUCCUCGCUGCUGGGGACAAGAUGAUAAUCGGUUCGCAUAAUGGAAACAUCCAUGUGCUAUCCGUCCCUCAAUUGCGCUCCCUUCGCGUGUAUCAUGCACACUCCGCUAGCAUCACCUCCAUCUCAGUGUCCCCGUUCCCCCCUCCAUCCCACACUGUGAACCCACCGUACUUUAGUCGAGUCCCCGAGGAUCAGGAAUAUCCGGCCAGGCCCUCAUCCGGCACGGCGAGCCUGCGGAGUCGGCAUCGGCCAGGGCACCAGGCCAGUCUACCUGCCAUCCCUUCCAACUCGAUCUAUAUUGCUACAUCUUCGAUGGACGGGAACGUCUGUGUUGCAUCUCUUGUGGAUUCCAAAGAUGUUCUCUUGCGGAAUUUCGGCCGGCCCGUUCAGGCUGUCGCGCUCUCGCCCGAGUACAAGAGCGACAAGACGUUCUUGUCCGGUGGGCGGGCAGGCGACCUGAUCCUCACAGUUGGUGGAAGAGUGGGUGUUAGCACGAAUUCUACAACAUUGGGAGGUGCUGCGGCGACGGCUUCAAGUUGGCUCGGGUCUCUGGGACUGGCGGCCAACACCGGCAAAGACACGAUCCUGCAUAGCGGAGAGGGCGCUAUCAGUACGAUCAAGUGGUCUUUGUCGGGGAAGUAUGUUGUCUGGGUCAACGAAGAGGGUAUCAAAAUCAUGCGGUCGAACCUGUACCUGGAUUCUUCGGAGGCCGAGCUUGCCUGGAAGCGGAUCAGCCACAUUGAUCGCCCCAAUCGUCCCGGCUGGGAGGAGAUGGCGAGCGUCUGGAAAGCUCGUGCGGAGUGGGUGGACGAGAACGCAUUGAAUAGUGACGACGGACCAGACAACAAGGAGACAUCGCCUACGGCCCACUCAACUAUUGUGCGGGAGAAGGUGGAGAAGCUAGUAGUUGGCUGGGGAGGGACCGUUUGGGUCAUUGACGUGUACCCAGAUAGGCCCAGCAAGAACAACCGAGACCAGAAGAUCGGGUCCGCUGAGGUUUCUACAAUCUUGCGGACGGAUUGCGUCAUAUCUGGUAUUUCACUAUACACACCUAGCCUUCUGGUUGUCCUUGCGUACAUUGAGGCGGAGGAGGACGUUUCCGAGGAGCGGAGCAAGCUGGGAGGCCGCCGUCCGGGAACGCGCCGCCGGCCACGGGGCCUGGAGCCGGAGCUGCGGAUCAUCGAUAUCGAAACCAAGGAAGAGCUCAGUGCCGAUACCCUUUCAAUCAGUCGGUUCGAAACUCUGACUUCCUCGGACUAUCACUUGUGUGUUCUGCCUCCGUGGAAGACGAACGCACCGGUCUCGCAACGUGGUACGCUAGAAGCUCUGGGGAAUGGACUUUGGGAUGCAACGCUCUACCCUGCGCGUCUGUUCAACUCAGCCGCCAGCAUUCGCAGUACCACCAGCAGUGACAAGGGAUCUAGCCGGGCACCAAGCACCUUUGCCUCUCGGAGAUUUUCCUACGAGGAGGCUCAUUCGAAAGAGAUUCAGGACAUUGCCGGAAGCGUAGGGGCUAAAAUAUUUGUCCACAGUCCGUAUGACUGUGUCGUUGCCCUGAAACGGGAUCUUACCGAUCGCCUGGCGUGGCUAGAUGCACAUGAACGAUACGAGGAAGCCUGGACGCUUCUUCAGGAGCACCCGGAAGCGGCGGGAUCGGCGGGGGAUAUGAACGAUCAUAUUCUAGAGACCCCCUCGAGAUCUCAGAGCAGUAGCGUUGGCGAAUCUUUCCUUGAUGGUAGGUCCUCAAUCACAACUACUGGUCGGAACAUUGCAUCCUCCGCUGCUGCCGAGCAAGAAAGGCGCCGAAUUGGCGAGUUGUGGAUAGAGCAGCUCGUUGACGAGGACAAAUGGAAGGAGGCCGCCGAGGUUUGCGUAAAGGCAAUCGAUACCACACGCAGAUGGGAGCACUGGGCUUGGACCUUUAUCAAGAAUGACAAGCUGGAUGAGAUCUCGGUCGUCAUGCCUGUUCAUUUACGUCCAAGCCUCCCUGCGAACGUCUAUGAGACUGUUCUUGGGCACUAUGUUGCGCACAACCGGUCAAAGUUCAACGAGCUCGUGGACUCCUGGCCCUUUGACCUGUUUGAUGUGAACAAUAUUGCGACGGAAAUCGAGGAACAGCUGCAAUACGACUCCGUGGUCCCCGAGACAGAAGACUGGCGAGUUUUGACAAAGUGUCUUGCCAAACUGUACCUCGCCGGAGGCCACUACGGCAAAGCACUACACUGCUACAUCCGCCUCCAAGACGCAGACACGGCGAUGGCCCUGAUCAAGGACCACCGACUACUGGAUACGCUCACGGACGAUAUCCCCGCGUUCAUCUUGAUCCGGGUGUCCAAGGAACAGCUGAAAUCGGCGCCCGUCCCCGAACUCGAAGAGCUCACCGCGGAACCCAUCAGACUCCUCGUCAGCGAAGCAUAUACGGGCAUUGUCCGGCCUGAAAUUGUAGUCGACCAACUACAAGCCGCCAACAAGCUUCUAUACCUCUACUUCUACAUACGGGCCCUGUGGCGCGGCGAAUCGCUUCCUCAUGGUGUCGCAAAACCUCGCCGGGGCCACUUCGCCCACAUUCGAGACGCAGCUAGCAAGCUCGCAGCCGAUGAAGGCAAGGCGUUGGUCGACAACUUCGCCGACACAGCCGUGGAGCUCUUCGCCGACUACGACCGUCCACUGCUGAUGGAAUUCCUCCAAACCAGCACCUCCUACUCGUUCGACAUGGCCGUGAGCAUCUGCGAAGGGCGCCACUUCACCCCGGAGCUCAUCUACCUCCUCUCCAAAACGGGUCAAACCAAACGAGCCCUCAACCUGAUUCUCUCGGACCUGAAGGAUGUCUCCCAAGCCAUUCAAUUCGCCAAGUCCCAGAACGAGCCCGACCUCUGGGAAGACCUCCUCGACUACUCCAUGGACAAACCCCGCUUCAUCCACGGCCUCCUCGUCGAAGCCGGCACAUCCAUCGACCCCAUCAAACUCGUGCGUCGGAUUCCCAGCGGACUAGAAAUCGAAGGCUUACGAGAAGGUCUCACGCGGAUGAUCCGCGAACACGACCUCCAAGCCAGCAUCAGCCAAGGAGCCGCCAAAGUCCUCCAAAGCGAAGUCGCCGUCGGCAUGGACACCCUCCGACAAGGCCAACGCCGCGGCAUUAAAUUCAACAUUGUCGAAGAGGAAAAAUCCAUCCCCGGCACGCCCACCACCGAUGCUCCCGAAAAGGAUAAAUUAAAAAGCGACGCCGACACGGAGAAAACCUCCACCACCGCAAUCUCAUCGGCCUCUCAGGCAGGAAAAUGCGCCGGCUGUCAUCGACCAUUCCGUGCCAACGAAAAGGAAAUCCUGGUCGGUUUCGCCUGCGGUCACGUCUUCCACCUAUCGCACAUCCACGCGUCGGAUUCAUCUACAAGUACCCCACACAGUCGGUCCGCCGUUCAGACUCCGAGACCAUUCUCCCCCACGCACACGCCAACGUUGGAUGAACUGUCGCUGUCGACAUCCCGCACGGUCGGUCCCAAGGUGACGACUGCUCGGUUGCUGAGGGAUCGAAUUGGCGAUGGGUGCCGCAUCUGUGCUCUAGCCAAGGAACUCGAGGCUAUCGGGGAUUCGGAUGCAUGAGUGCGUAGGACACCCUCCUGUGCGUUGGGCCAUUGUCUAGGUUUAUUACGGUAGCUUUGGCGAUACGACAAUCGCCUCUGCGUCACUGUACGUAGCGAACAGGACUGCUUCUCCUGUAAAUUGACCUCGUUGGUAUCAGUCCGGGCAGUAAUGAUCUAGCGCUUGUCAUUCUAUCAAAGGGGAGGGCAGGUUCUACACGUUCCAUAGUUCGCCUGGAUGGGUGUAUGUUUAGUCUUUAGGAGAUACCCAUGGUAGCAAGAAUUUACUACGCAACGCUGAUAAGGUCUGUAAGGCCUUGAUUAGAUUGAGCGGU